UCACGAAUUUUUUUACAACGUUGAGCCAACGUUGCACAUGAAUAAAAAUUUACAUUGACAGAUUGACAGACAGUUGUCAAUUUUGACGUAGUCAUAUUGACAAUUUGACAUAUUAUGAACUUUUACUUUCACGAUUUUAGUUCAAUAAACUUGGAAAAAGCUAAAUAAAUAAUUAAUUUAACCAAAAUAGAAAGCUAUAGACUAUACCGACAACUAAAAGUGAAUGUUGGUGACUGUUUUUAAUCAAUAAAUGUAUAAAUUUUACUCUUAAAAUGCCUAGAUAAUAACCAUUUAUAAAAUUAAGCCAAUGAUUGAUACACACAACAAACCUUGUAAAUAAAUUGCCAGCCCAACUAAAAAUGACUAAAAAGUUCAUGGUAAUUCGCGCUAAAAUAUUUUCCCGAUGGUUUCUGCGGCCGUGGCUCGGCAUUCCAGUGGGGAUAUGGAUAGCUGUGGUUACCCUGGUGUAUUACAGCUGGAUCUACAGCAUCAGCACCACUGACCAUCACAUGCCUCCUCCAGUAUUCAAAACACCAGAUAAAUUAGCUGAAUUGCAAACUCUUAGCCCUAUGUGGAGCAAUUAUCAGGUGCCUGUGAUACCAGACAUAGUAGGCACCCUAUGUGAGAAGAUCCACAUAGCGCUGGUGUGUAUGGGCAAGUGUCCGCCGACCAUCACUCCGCUGCUCAAGUCUCUGCUGCAUCACCGACAGAACCCCAUACACUUCCACUUCAUUGUGGACACCAGCUCCGAGCAUGUUCUGAAUACACUCAUGAAGACUUGGGACUUGCCUGAUGUAAACUACAGCUGCUACAACGCGCAAGACCACCUGUUCAAGGUGUCCUGGGUGCCGAACAAGCACUACUCGGGCAUCUACACGCUGGUGAAGCUAUUAGUCCCGGAGAUCCUGCCGGCUAGCCUUCCUCGGGUUAUCAUGCUGGAUUCAGACCUGACCUUCUUGUCAGAUGUGGCCGAGCUGUGGAGCAUGUUCCGGAAUAUGACUGAUAGACAGUUUAUAGGUCUAGUCGAGAACGAAAGUGACUGGUACUUCGGCCAGCACCGGUGGCCUGCUCUAGGCCAGGGAUAUAACACAGGAGUCAUGUUACUAGACCUGUCGAAAGUUCGAGAAACGGUCGAUUGGAACACGCUAUGGCAUGAAGCUAUAAAUGACAAUUUAGCUGAGCUACAACAGCUAAAUUUAGCAGAUCAAGAUGUGAUCAAUGUUCUUAUAAAGAAUGAUCCCAGCAUUCUGUACCCGAUCAGCUGCCAGUACAAUAUACAGAUGUCUACAAGAUCUGUAGCUAAAAGUUGUUAUGGGGAGAAUAUUCAUAAUGUUAAGGUAAUUCAUUGGAAUUCAAACAAAAAACAGAACAUAGAAAUAAGAGAUGCAGAAUAUUUUAAGACUUUACAUUUGUUCUACGUUAACUUAGAUGGUAAUUUGUUACGGAAUAAGCUUCAUAAGUGUUACACGACGGAAGUGGUCACUCCUGAAGAGACGAAGCCCAACGACCUCUGCGCGAGUUUCCACUCAGCCCAGCGCGUCAAGUUACGCACAUUACUGUACUACACCGAGUAUCAAUACACUGUGACGGAUAACUUCGAUGUGACGCUGGCGUUGCAGCUGUCGUUCGAUAGGAUGCAGUUUUUGGAGAGAUUGGUCAAGUAUUGGGAAGGUCCGCUGAGUGUCGCCAUCUACCUAUCGGACUGCGAAGUGGAACAACUCGGCAGCUUCAUCCGAGAGCACUCGGACACGCUCAGCUCGAGGACCAACAUCGGGUACCAUUUAGUGUUCAAACAGGAACAGGUCCACUACCCAGUGAACUACCUGCGCAACGUGGCGCUCUCCGGUGUGCACACUCCCUACGUGUUCCUCGUGGACGUGGACUUCGUGCCCAUGCACGCGCUGCACCGCCACCUGCGCCGCGCGCUGCGCCUCGUCAACCCCUACCCGCUCAAGAAGUGCCUAGUAGUCCCGGCGUUCGAGACGACCCGCUACCGAGUGUCCCCGCCGCGCGACAAGGCGGCGUUACUGGCAAGACUUCGCUCUGAUGUGGCCCCGUUUAGAGCGCGCGAGUGGCCCCGGGGGCAUAGAGCUACGAAUUAUAGUCGCUGGAUUACAGCUACGGAACCUUAUGAGGUAGAAUGGCAGGCUGACUAUGAACCCUACCUGGUAGUCCAUCGGUCGGUGCCCAGAUACGACACAAGAUUUUCAGGAUUCGGCUGGAAUAAGGUGUCCCACAGCGUGGAGCUCUACGCCCGCGGCUACCGCGCCGUGGUGCUGCCGGGCGCGUUCAUAGUGCACGCGCCGCACGCGCCCUCCGCCGACAUCACCGCCUUCCGCGCGCGCCCCGACUACCGCGUAUGCCUGUCGAUACUCAAACAAGAGUUCAUGAGCGACCUGAAGAAGAAAUACAACGUGACCCUCGAUAAUAAUGAAGAAUACAACCCCCAGGGGAAAACGUAGCGAACGAGACUGGCCAAGUAAUCUGUGGUAUCUGCUUUACAUAACAUUCCUUUUCUAUAGGAUCAUUCCGUAUUAAUUCCGCCCUAGAGGAAAGCAAAAGUAAAGGUUUUUUGCAACACUAGCGCUACGACAGGCGAUGGAACUACUGAGUACAUUAAUUUCAAACUUGGACUUCAUUUGAACCCAUUUUUCGCUGUCAGGUUUGCCCUCGUUUAGGGCGGAUUGUACUGGACUAGACUAGCUGGACUAGACUGCAACUAAAUGGCAGCUUGAGCUUUCAUGAUCAUCAGCCAAUACCAGGGCCAUUGCUGGACAUAGGUCGGAUAGCCAUAACUCCCUCUAUAAGUAUUAUUAUCUGUCUUAAAGUCAUCCAUCAUCGACAAUUAGACAUAAUAGUGCAAAGUUCAUAAGUAAAAGCGUCAAAAUACCAAUAUGGUAUUGGUUGGACUCUUUUAAGGGUUUGCAAAAAAGGUUACGAUGUUUUUCGUUCCGUUUAAACAUUUACUAAGGUGCUGAAUUCAAUGCAAAGUGAGAUUUAUAAAGAGAGAUUACAUAUUGUGUUUUAUAUGCUGAUUUACACGCGGUAUGCGGAAAAUUAUCAUUAAUUAUAAAGUUCCAAAGCUACAGUCGAAUGAACGAGCCCAUGACAUGAGUGAAUGAAGAUGUAUGUAAAACUGUUAGUAUACUCCUUAUUUUAAUUGCGCACAUAAAGAGCUACUGCCAACAUUAAACCAACAAAAAACAUUAUUUAAUUCAUCAUUAUAUUUUAAUCUUAGGUGAACUGAACUGUUUAUUAUAUCAAAAUAGUCAUCAUUAUGUUGCCAUAAUACGUCAAGGCAGAUUUAAAUUAAUUCUGUCAAGAAGAUACUAUUGCCAACCAUCCAAAAGUAUUGCAUACCAAACUAACAAAUAGGUACAUUACCACAGCAUUAAGUUCUACAUUCCAUUUACAAUGUUGUGAAAACAUGAAAUAAGUCAGCAUAUUUUUAUACAAUAUUUUUGUUGUGUUAGCGUUGUAUUCUCUUGAGGAGAAAAUGAACAGUAAGUAACAUUUCAUUGUUCAUUAUUAUUAUUGUACAGAAGAGCUAGUUUAUAGUUGCUACAAUGAUGCGCAACGUCAUAAGUAUAUCGCUAUUUUGGUUGUUGUAUUUCAUUAAUCAUGACAUUUCCAAUGUUGUUCCUGUUUUACGUUAAGUAUUAUUAUCUUAUAAGUUUUCAAAGCGUAUUUUCGUGAAAAUAUCUAUUAUAUAGGUAUAGUAUACGUAGUUAGACUCCACCGUCUAUGUUUUAUGUUAAGUAUAAUACGCUAAUACAAGAAACCGAAAAAUACCUACUAAGUUUCUUAUCACGAGAGUAGAUUUUUUAAGGUAAAAGGAUACCUAAUUCAUUAUUAUAAUUUGGGCUAACAUCCAUUUAAACGAUUGGGCGAAUUCUUUUUUUUUAAUUAAUUAUAAUGUAUAAUAAUUUAAUAAUGUUAGAGACGAACUAUCGCAUGUCAAAACAGUUCGAUACAUGACAAGCAAUGUAAUGAAAUACUCAUAUCCACGGCCUUCUUGUAAAAAAAAAAACAUUCAUCACCAUUUCUCUUUUCAUCAAUGUAGAAUCUAUCAACAAUACAACCUCUGUAAAUACACUGUUAAACUGUUGUGAAUUUUUAUUGUGUAAAUUGUAAAAUAUUUGUUAUAUGUUAGAAUGGCAAUAGCACUAUUAUCGCCUUAUAUUUUGAUACGGAUGUUGAAUUGAAAUGUAUUGUAGUCACUAUUGUUUUACUUUCACAUAAUAUUAUGAGAUUAGAGAAACUGAAUAGUUUUAUGUUACGAAUUAUGUAAUGAUUUAAGUACCAAAUCGUUUUAAAUUAAUAUCUGGUUUAACGUGAAUGACUAGGUAUUUGAAAUACAUCUGUCUGCCACUUAUGUUUUCAUGAAUUAAUAUUAUAAUUAAAUCAGCAACUUAAUAUUUACAACACAAAUGAUAAUGCCAAAGAAAAUGUGUAAGUUGUAAGUAUUUUAAUAAAUUAUAUCAAGCUCUCAAA